CAUGCAUGCAUGCAUGCACGCUCACUCACUCAGUUACUCUCUCACUCACACACACUCACAAACACACGCGCGCACACACGUAAACUAGCACACAGCCACAUUUUCUCAGGCUGCUCUCAGACUGACAGGAGCAAACGGACGGGACAGCAGAGCAAAAGAAAAAGGCUGAGAGAGACAAGGGGAACAAGAGAGAGAGAGAGAGAGAGAGAGAGAGUGGAGGCCGGGAGGGGGGAGGACAGACAGAGAGAGAGAUCAGCACAACUCCUGUGUUUUAUGCUGCUCCGGUGCUAAAAGAACAAGGGCCCCGCAGGGGAAUCGGACCUCAGCGGGAACGGGACAACACUGUGCCCGUGGGGGGGGGGAGAGAGACACACACACAGAGACACAGAGACAGGGACCCUGACACAGGAGCUCUGCUUUGACCAUGGCACCUCAGCACACACACAGAGGAGAGGUCCCUCGCUCCCCCAGAGCCCUGGCCUGGAGCUGGGGACUGGGCUGGGGCAUCUGUGUCCUGCUGGCGCUGCUCUGUGGACUGGGAUCAGCCUUUAACCUGGACACCUCGGCUCCACUCAUCAAGGAGGGGGCGCCGAGCAGCUUCUUUGGCUUCUCCCUCGCUCUGCACCAGCAACUCACACCAGAAUCAAAGAGCUGGAUCCUAGUGGGGGCGCCCAGGGCCCGAGGGCUUGGGACCAUGGCAAACAUUUACCCAGGUGCCCUCUACCGUUGCCCCAUCACAGCGGAGGAGUACGACUGUGAACGAGUGGACAUUGAUGGCGAGGUGAAUCUGGAACGAGAGAGCAAAGACAACCAGUGGCUGGGAGUGACCGUGAAGAGCCAGGGCAUUGGAGGAAAAGUUGUGACCUGUGCCCAUCUGUAUGAGCUGAGGCAGCGCGUCAACCAGCCCUCCGAGACGCGAGACCCCAUUGGCCGCUGCUACGUGCUGAGCGAGGACCUGACGGAGCGGGAUGACCUGGACGGGGGAGAGUGGAAGUUCUGUGAGGGGCGGCCCCAGGGGCACGAGCAGUUCGGCUUCUGCCAGCAGGGCUUGGCCGCCAGCUUCACCCCCGACAGCAACUUCAUCCUGUUCGGGGCGCCAGGGACCUACAACUGGAAAGGAGAGAUGCGCGUCCAGCUUAUCAACCAGACGGUGCUGGAGCUGGGUUACUACGACGACGGCCCGUACGAGGUGGCUGGCGAGAAGCAGCUGAACGCGGCGCUCAUCCCCGUGCCUUACCACAGCUACCUGGGCUUCUCUGUGGACUCGGCCGUUGGGCUGAUGGGCAAGGCGGAGCUAACCUUUGUGGCGGGGGCGCCGCGGGCCAAUCACACGGGUGCGGUGGUGCUGCUGCGCAAGGAUAACGUGUACCGGCUGGUGCCGCAGCACAUCCUGUGGGGCGAGGAGCUGGCUUCCUCCUUCGGCUACUCCGUGGCCACCGCUGAUCUCAACAGCGACGGAUGGACAGAUCUCAUUGUGGGGGCCCCCAACUUCUUCGACCGUAAGGCAGAGAUCGGCGGCGCCGUGUACGUCUACCUGAACCCGGCCGCCAACUGGGACAGGGGCCGGCCCAUUCGGCUCAACGGCACCUACGACUCCAUGUUUGGCAUAACCGUCAACAGCGUGGGAGACCUGGACCAGGAUGGCUACGGAGAUAUCGCUGUGGGUGCUCCAUUCGAUGGGGAUGGGAAGGUGUUCAUCUACAGGGGCUCCUCCUCAGGGCUGCACACCAAACCUUCUCAGGUGCUGGAUGGGGAGAAUGCUGGCGUGAAACGUUUUGGCUAUUCCAUCUCAGGGGGCCUGGACAUAGAUGGGAACCAGUACCCCGACCUGGCAGUGGGCUCACUCGGCGACCAGGUGGUCCUCUACAGAUCUAGUCCGGUGAUCCACAUACGCAGGGAUGUAAACAUAGAGCCCCAACAUAUUGACCUGGAGCAGCAGAACUGCAAGGGAAGAGAUGGAGUCUGUGUGGAGGUGAAAGUCUGCUUUGUGUACACGACACACCCCAAGUCCUACUCACCACGAAUCACGCUGACCCUGCUGUUUGAAGCUGACACGGAACGCAGGAAACUGGGGCUUCCCCAUCGGGUGAACUUCCUGGGCCGUAGUCCGUCUGAGCCUGAGUAUGUCCACGCGCAGGAGGUCAAACUGCACGGGCAGAUGCAUCCAUCCUGCCAGACCGCCACCUUCCAGCUCAAGGAGAGCCUGUAUGACAAGCUACGUCCGAUCUCUCUGGCCAUCACACACACCAUCAAACACACACACCAUCACCAGCACGUCGGCCCAGCGCACCUGGGCAUGCUGACCCCCGUGCUGAGUGCCAGCGUCUCCAACACCCUGAUGUCCGAGGUGAACUUCCUGAGGGAGGGCUGUGGGCUUGAUAAAGUCUGUCACAGCAACCUUCAGCUCUCCUGCACGUUCGGCACAAGAGCCCAACUAACAGACUCCUUCAACCCUCUACCCUUGGAUGAGGAUGGGCUUCCGUUGUUGUCCCUGUCCGAUCAGAAGACCGUGGUGCUGGAGGUCGAGGUGAGCAACUUCCCCUCUGACCCGCUGGAUCCACAGAACGAUGGAGACGACGCCCACGCCGCCAAACUGCAGUUCGUUCUCCCAGAAACCCUCUCCUACUCACACAUCAGGGGCCAGAGCCAGCAGAUGGUGUGUGAAGCCAACCAGAAUGGCUCCCUGGUUGACUGUGAGCUGGGCAACCCAUUCAAGAGGGACACAGUGGUGAAAUUCUUCAUCGCUCUGAGCACAUCUGCUAUCACCAUCGAAACCACAGAGCUAUCAGUGGAUCUCAUCAUGUCAACCAUUAGUGAGCAGCCUGACCUUGCCCCCAUCACAGCCAAAGCCAAAGUGGUGAUAGAGCUCCCCCUGUCUGUCAGUGGCCAGGCCCGUCCCCAUCAGCUGUUCUUCAGUGGGACAGUGAGGGGAGAGAGUGCCAUGAGCACCCUGGAUGAAGUAGGAAUUCCUGUGGAAAUUGAGUUCCUGGUGACGAGCACCGGACCAACACUUCCCACUCUUGGCUCCGCCUUUCUGAACAUCAUGUGGCCUCAUGAGCUGGCCAAUGGGAAGUGGCUGCUCUACCCCACCGGGGUCGAAUCGGAGGACUCCUCUCUCAGACACUGCAUCCCUUCCUCAGCCCUCAACCCCCUCAAGAUCGGCUCGGCGAACCUCCCGCGGCCCGCCAACCUCAAGGCCCACAGGCGGGGAGUUCGCUCCUACCCGGAGGAGCUGGAGGAGGGAGAGGCCGUGAUCAAGGGCAGCAUGGAGAGAACUACACCUGCUGUGGCCGCCUCUGAGAGACGCAAGUCCCUCAAACUGGACUGCAUGCUGGGCUCGGCACGCUGUAUGUUGUUCCGCUGUCCCCUGCACAGUGUUGCUGGCACCGCCUCGCUGAAGAUCAAAGCCCGCCUGUGGAACAGCACCUUCAUCGAGGAGUUCCCCUCAGUCAGUGCUCUGGAGCUGCUGAUCAGAGCCAACAUCACAGUGAAGUCCACCAUCAAACAUCUGGUGCUCAGAGACGUGGCAGCGCAGAUCCCAGUGAUGAUCUACCAAGAGCACAUCCUUUCAGAUCAGUACAUGAUCCCCUGGUGGAUCAUCCUCAUCGCCAUCCUGGCCGGCAUCUUAAUCUUGGCACUGCUGGUUUACAUAUUGUGGAAGUGUGGCUUUUUCCGGAGGGCUCAGUAUAAAGACAAAGUGCCUCAAUACCACGCGGUGAAGAUUCCUCGACAGGACCGGCCCCAGUUCCAGGAUGAGAACUCUGUCAAUUUACACAAGAAAGAAUGGGCCACACACUGGAGUGAUGGCACAUCCUGAGUCUCACACACACACACACACACACACACACACACACACACACACACAGACACACACACACACAUACACAACUCUACUGAGCACUGUGCUGUGGAUGCAGAGGCUUUGCUGUGCAGAGACUGAUUGCUGUGGUUUUGUGCACUCUUGAAGAAGCCCUCAUCAUCCAGAUCUGAGCACUGAUGACAUACAAUAUCACUGCUGCCAACCCAUGGAUACAUGUUCGACUGAGUGCACAGGUGCUUGAAUUAUACCGCCCCCCCCCCCCCCACACACACAGAGAUAAAGAUACUCCGACAAAUGCCAAUCAAUGAGACCAUUUGAAACAUUUGCUCGUCAGUGACGCGUAUCAGCAUUCAUUGAACUCACAUGGACUGAUCGACCAAAGGAGCACUAUAGAUUGAGAUGCAAGAGUUCGUCAUUCAAUCACAGAUUCAGAUUUAACACACUGUACAAAAAUGAGUAGGGAUGGAGAGUACUACUGAAAGCAAACACACAUACACACACACAACCAAUGUAUCAGGCCACUGGCAUAGCCCAUGUUUUGCCUUAAUAGAAACCGUAAAUGGCAAAUGGCAAAUACAAUUGGUAUGUAACCGCAAGGUAUAAUUUUAUUUUAUUUAGCGCUGGUAAUAGAACAUGCAAAGAAAGAGGAGGGCAAGGUGAGGCUAAGAAACAAACACAUCUCAUUGACAACAUUACACAUCUGUGGUUAUGGUCACAGAAGGGGGCCACCCCACCGCUCUGGCCUGUUUCAAUAAACAAUCACUAGCCGUGAACUGAAUCAGAAAAACAACACUGCUGCCUUAACUUACCCUAUUCGUUGCUUGCGAAUGAAAGAAUAAUCAAAAAACAAAAGGCAUACAGUGCAGCAUACAAUGACCAGAUUGUCUGCAAUGCAUCCAAUUUGUAGUGGAAAAAACCCACCCGUCAUGAUUAAAUGAAAAAAAAAAAUUGAAUCCUUACAAAGGAAAUGACACAUUAGGUAGUUACCCCAGAGAAUUAACACUACGCUCGUCCGUUACACAAGUUUCCAUUGGUUUACCUAUAGUGUUCUUAUUUAGUUUUUGUUUUUUAACAGGCUCCAUGUCCCUAGUGUUACUCAUAGUUUCACCAGAGCACUGCAGAUGAUUACUUUUGCUCAGUUUUCUGGUCUAAAAGUGCCUUAACAUAGAAAUGACUGAAGUCUGAGUUAGAGAGGGGGAACGAGAGAAAUAGUUAUUUAUCUUCAUCUCCCUGAAAUCAGAGAUAGAGUACACAUCCUGGGUUGGUUUGAAGAGAGUGAGUGAAACGUCCAGUUUCCUGGGAUCUGCAUUGGAUGCAGGGCUACAGGCGGAAGCUUAAUCUGUGCAUAGACAUUGCUGGACAAUCUUGUAUUAGCUGCAUGGUCAAACUUUGCUGUAAACACUUGUUUUGUCAUGAUCUUAUGUUUAUUUAUUUGUGACUGACUCUACUGUUGUACUAUUUGUAAAUAAAACAAAAACUGGGAAAUGAAUGCCUGCAAAAAAGAGUGAGCAUAUUAUAGGCCUACAUUUGAGAUCAGUGAAUGACCUGCAGUACGUAUUUUGGGCAGUAGAGGGCAAGCGUGCUAUGGCUUGUGAUGACAAUGACAUUGAGAGCAUCCUCUGAAAGGAAUAUUCAAUUUUUUUUUAAAUGUAAAAGCCUUUCAUAGAGAUGAAAAUGUUGUCAACUAAUGUAUGAAUAAUUUUACUACAUCUGAAAAUGUUAAAACAGAGGAUAUUCUUUUUAUAAACCAUACUGUACAUACUACUUGAAAGAAUAUCUUAACCAUAUAUUUGAACACAUUAAUAAAAUACUGCCUGUGUA